AUGCCAUGCGCUUUUUCAAAUUAGGUUGAAAUCAGCCAUUCCAAUAAGAAGUAAGAUUAAGUUUACUCAAGUAUUUCUAGAUUUUAAAAUGAGAAGAAACAAACUUCUUUGUCUACAAUAUAGUUUUACAUUGAUAAAAUAGCAAUUAAUGAUGAUGAGACCCAGUAAAUAAGAAAUACUCCCUAAUUCAGAGAAGCAGAGGACAGUGUGAAUCUAAAAGAGUCUUUUACAGAUACAAUGCAGUUCAAAAAGUCUUAGAAAAUACUAUUAAAUCAACUAAAGGACAAUAGGAUAAGACUGAAUUAAAAAAUUCCUAAGUAAAAAAAUCCAUAGACUAUAAUCACUCCCAAUAAGUUUGAAUUCAUCAAUAUUAAAACUUCAAAUGAAUAUAGGAGUUUUAGAUCUGGUAUUAUUUCAAACAAAUCUCAAACAUCUACAAAGGAAGAAGACUCAAGGUUUAUUGAUUGUAGAAAAAAUCUACGUAUAUUCAUUCCACCUAUUAAUCUUGAAUUAUUAAAAAAGUGCCAAAGUAGAAAUUAAGGACCUGAAUUUUAAUAAUCAAUGAGAAAUUCUGGCUAGUAAUUUACCAGAACUCUGAAUGAAUAAUUUUCAAACUACUAUGAGGAAUCAUAAGCAAAGCUUUUCAAAACAUUAGAAAAUGAAAAAUAAAUAAAAUACCACAAUCUAGAUUCAAUUGAAGCAGAAAAUCAAAGCACUAAUUUUCCAGAUAUUUUCAAGUCAAAAUAAAAGUUAUAGGCAAGUAGAAAAUUUGAGGACUUCUUCAGUACUUAGAAAAAAGAAAAGAUCUAAUUUUAACAGCAUGUAAGAAUAAGAUUCAACUCUAGGAAAGUCAUUAGAAAAUCUUAAAUUGACUUUGGAAAAGAAGUUUCUAGGAAAUUACCAGAUGCACAUAGUAACAAUAAAUAAUAAAAAAUUAUUUGA